CUUGAACCCUUGUCCAAGAAACGAAACGCGAUCGAGUAGAUGCUUCAGCUCGAAAGCAAGACAGACUCUACCUAAUUGCAAGUAUAUGUGUAUAUACACAAAUCAUCUCUGCUGCCAUCGAAUUGAGCUCUCAUAUCACUCACUCUAGCCUCGUGUUAGAUUUGUUAGCUCAUCAGACUGGUAGCGGCCGGGGCGUGUGUGUCGUGAUCUGCGCUAAGAAGCCAUGGGUUCCUUGCUGCGGCGGCUGUUCCCGUUCCUGGCCGGCGCGGCCGUCGGCGUGUACGCGGCGCAGAACUACAAGGUGCCCAACGUCCGCGGCCUCGUCGACCGCGGCGUCGACGCCGCCAGGCGAUACGAGGAGACCUACCGCAAGAAGCCCUCUUCUGCGGGCGACGCCGCCGGUGGGAGCGGGAGCGGCAGGACGAAGAAGAGGGUGGUGCAGGUGGACAUUGACGACGACGAACAGUAGCUAGCUGUAGCUUAAUUACCAAAGAUGUGGUGCAGUGUUGUACUAUAUGUAGUGUGUGGGAAUAAUUGGGUAUUUUGGUGAAUGAAGAUUUCAUUUCUUUGUUCUGCA